UUAGUUAUCAAUUUAAUAAUAAUAUAAACAUUUGUCCAAAAAGCUUCUUAAAGCAAAUUGUUACCCAAAAACCAUAUAAGAAAAUCAGUAUAAUUUUAAAAUUGAUUUUCAAUGUCUGAGGAAGAUAAAAGUAAUUCAACACAAAAUGCAAGUACGGGUAAUAAAUCAGAACAAAAACAAGAGUCCUGGGGAUACGAUUUAUAUCCUGAAAGACGGGGAACAUUCACACCAAAGUUGUCCAACAUUCUAAUUGGUAAAGAAGGGAAAGAAUCAAUUGAGAAGUUUAAGUGCGAAAAAAAUGUAUACGAGUGUGUUAAAAAUAGUCCUAUAGUUAAAAUGAUGAUGGCUGCAUUAAAAAGUUCUGGUUGUCCUGUUGAUAUAAGAAGACACAUAUCUUGUGAGGUUUGUGAUUAUUCAGUAAGUGGAGGUUAUGAUCCUGAAUUGAAUCAGAUUGUUGUGUGUCAAAAUGUGUCAACAAGGAAGGGUAUGGUGCAAGGUGUGUUAGCACAUGAGAUGAUACAUAUGUUUGAUUACUGCCGCAAUGACCUCAACUUCAAGAACAUGGAACAUCUCGCCUGCUCCGAGAUCCGUGCUGCAAAUCUAACACAUUGCUCAUUUGUGAGCGCCUGGUCACAAGGUGACGCUCAUUGGACGAAAGUAAAGCAAGCACAUCAGGACUGUGUUAAAACGAAAGCUUUGUACUCUGUGAUGGCAGUACGUCAGAUCGGUAAAGCGGAAGCUGUUGAUGUUAUAGAGAAGGUGUUUCCUAAAUGUUACGCUGAUUUAGAACCAAUCGGUAGACGGAUUAGAAGAAACUCAGAUGAUAUGCUCCGAGCUUUCAAAGAGGCUGCAUAUUAUGGUUAUGAAUGACACUGGUGUGUUAUACGUAGUUUUUAAGUAGAAAAGAAAUAAAACGAAAUUUUAAAGA